CUCACCACACCAAUACCUCAUCCACCCCUGCUGCUUGGGAGACGCCUUUUUGAACUCACAAGGACUGUCGUAUUUUUUUGCUCUUACCAACUGAAUUACGCUUAUCAUGGCUCUCACACAACCGACCAAUCCCGAGUUCCCUUACUCACUCACAAUAUCCCUCCCUCUCCCAACCAAUCGCCUCGCAUCAUGCGCUCUACGCGCUUUAGAGGUUGACGCCGAACUAUCCCCUUUCGUGCGACGGACUUUCGCCCUCGGGGCUCCGGCGGUCGAGGCACCAUCCGAGCCGCAAGAAAAGAAGCAAAAACAGGACCCUGACGAGUCUAAGACCGUGUUGAAUAUAACAUACAUCGCGACGACCAACCGGAUGCUGCGCGUUUCUGUCAAUGGAUUUAUGGAGAGUCUAGGCGUCGUGCUUGGAGUCAUGGCAGAAUUGGAUGUUGACGUACUCAAGGUUGAGAUGGAGGGCUUGGAGGGCUUGGAGGGCUGA